AUGCCCGUAAUUGCCCCACCAAAGCGUUACGUGUUGUCUGGAAUGAUUUUUGUUGGUUUUUUUGUUAUGUCUGGUUUACGAGUCAACUUGAACGUAGCUAUCGGCGCCAUGGUUAAAAAUCACACGGCAGUGGUGGACGGACAGACCAUUUGUAGGGUAAGCCUGUAUAAAAAAUAUUCCUCUAUUUAUGUCCCAUUCAUGAUAAACGUAUUGCUUUGAACUUUAUUUUCCCAUUAUCAUUAUAUAUAAAUUCAGCGACAAAGUCGGGUACAAACUGUUCCCGACAUCUUUAGUUCUUGAAAUAAGGACUCAUUUUAAAACGGAAACGUUAAACAACCGGUGGUAUAUUGUAUGGCGAAACUGAACGCUUUCAAGAAUAUAGAAUAGAUCUUAGAUUGAAUUUGCCAUUGGCUUUACGAAAGGACUACUUGAGAUCAGAAAUAUUUUUAGAAGAGAAACACUUUUGAAAUGUUCAAUAGACCUUUUUACCGAUACGGCGGCCAUAUUGCAUUUAUUAGAUUUAAGGAGUAUUAUGGGAUGCCCUGGGGGAACUUGCUCAGUAUUUACGCGCUUUUCGGGCGAAAAGAGAACUUCAAUGUAUAUUUCUCGGGGAAAAGGCGAUCAUUAUUACAUCGAAACACUGCACAACAAUCCCUUUUUUCCCAUUACAACCUUUUUCUAGGAAAUCUAAAAGAAAAAUAGGCCAGCGUAAAUACUGAGCGAGUCUAUAUCGGAUCGAGCUCAUGCCCCCUGGGCAUCCAAUAAUACUCCUUAAAUCUUAUUAAUUCAAUAUGGCCGCCGUAUUGGUAAAAAGGUCUAGUAAAUUUUCAACUUCAUUUCUGAAUAUUGCAGCUAAAUUCAAAAUGUUACUCUCUUUCCGUUAGAAUUCACCUCAUUCGAAAAAGUUUUUACACUCGUCGCCAUUAGCUCAACAAACUCGCUUUGUCAAAUCGCCGCAUCAUUUUUCAAACUCGACCUCAUAUAUUUCAACCCAACUUUUGAAUUUUCGUUACGCUUCAAGCCUUUUCGGGGAUGGGAGAUGGCGACCGAUUGAUCUCCUCCCCAGGCCCUUUCUGCUUUUUCGUCCAUCAUGCUAGUUGGUAGGCAACACUCGACUUCUACUUCAUGCCAAAAUGUAAACACCCUCACGAGGUCAGUGAAAAUAGAAUCGAAAGAGCAAUCACCAAGGAGUAACCUUAUUUUUAUUAUCAGCCUGAUCGUAAACGGGAGAAGAAGAAAUUCCGUCAGCUUUCGAUUCCCGGAUUAGGUCCCAGAUCUCAAAAUGAUUAAAGUAAACUCAACAAGACUUAUUUUUUAGUUCGUUAGUUAGCAAAGCUCUUCUGUUUCACUAAAAACUAUCAAAUGAAUUCGAAAUAGCUCAUUUGCAUUGUAACAUAGUUUCAUUUCAUUUUUCUGUCCAUAAGUUACCGAAAAUGGAGAGUCUUGUUAACAACGGAAUUCAAACGCUGGGUUUCGCCUGUCUGCCGUGUGAGCAAGCUGUUGUCGCGGAAAACAAGACUUAAAAAAAGUUCGGUUUUGCGAACUUUUAAAAUUUACCUUUACAAUUAUAUCUACUAUGAUGUAUAAUUUCUAGUAUAACUAUUAUUUAUAAAUAUAUGAUAAGUAAAUCAUCAUGAACUUCGAGUUUGGCACGGUAGUAGCACGGCAAAGUUUGCUGUGUUAGGGUGGAUUUCCAUUGUCGCGUAAUCUGUACGUGCGCACGCACGUUAAUUUUAGGCGCGUAAAUAAAAUAGAAGCAGUGUAUGGAAGGUCGCACGUAAACGCAAAAGUUGAAACUCUCGCUCAACUUUAAUGUUUACGCGCGGCCUUUAAUACAUUGCCUCUACUUUAUUCACGCGCUUAUAGUUUACGUGCGUACGCACGUGAAAAUUAUCCGACAUUGGAAAUCCACCCUUAUAAGGUGCGUAGUAACACUCCGCCCGCCUCGUAUAACUUUUGCUAUUUGCGGGUGGAGAUGGCAAAAUAAUGUGCUUUAAAUAAAGCAUAGUGUGUGUGUAUUUAGUUUCAAACGUCGUGCUACCCGGUCUUGCCGGAUUCAGCACGUUAAUAGCACGCAAGGCGUUUGAGACAGGCCCGAGUUUGCACCGGGUCAAAGUGACGACAGCCGAGUUCAUUGCUUUCUUUUGCCGGGGUAUGAGGGAGGGAUUCAAAUUUUUAAAAACAAUCAGAAAGCCGAGCUUUAUGCUAGAUAUGACACCCGAUACUAUUCAAACACUUCCAGUUAAUACUGAAUCUUGACUCUCCGCCGUCUCAGCUAUAAACUGAUUUUUAAUCGUAGAGAUCUGAGUUUUCAGUUAAUCAGUCUCUCGUUUCUCCCCCACCUCAAAAACGUUGCCUUUUAUAAUCCGUGUUCCUGGAGCCAAUGGUCCUAUCCACUGAUUUAUCAAAAACUUAAGUGUUGUACACUACCAAGGAAAUGUUAGCCACGACUUCGUAGGGUCGAAUAAGGCACAUUGUAAAAUCUGCCUUCAUCUUUUAUGUUUUAUCUUUAACAGGAAGCAGAGUUCAAAUGGGAUCCAGAGUUAAAAGGUAUCAGAAUAUAAUUUGCUUACCGUACGCAAUACUCGAUAAUUUUCCAUAGAUUCACAAACUGGAACUUAUAAAUGUGUAUAUUCAGUAACAGUUACUUAAGAUAGCUCGUAUCGACGCAUAAGAUGGCUUUUAUCCAUCUUUGUAUUGAGUGGAACUCAAGGUAAUCCCCGUAUCAUUAAAACGUUUCAAGCAUCUGAGAAAGAAGUGAAACCUGCUCUUCCCUCGCAUUUUUUGCGCUCUCAUCCAAACGCUUCGUUGGCGCGUUAAGGCUUACAACAGUUACAGGCACGAGAUUAAUUAUCACGAAUGCCUAGAACAAUUGUGUUUCUAGAGUGUUUCAAAUAAUGACUUAAAACGGCUAAUGAUAAGAAAACACAAGAUCACCAGACUGAAACGAAAACGCGCAGAGAGAAGCCCUACAAUGUGAGAUUCAGCAUUAUUUGACUUGACUGAGAAGUGAGCGAACAUUAGAAGUAUUAGUUAAAAUUAUUUCUAGUGUCUACAAGCUUGUAUCAUACAGUCACUAUUGUGUACUUUUCCUUAGAUGCUCCAAACGUUAUCUGAGUCUCUUCCUUUGCCAGGUAUAAUCCUCGGUGCAUUUUAUUACGGUUACAUGGUGUUCCAGAUUCCUGGUGGAUGGCUGGCCUUACGUCUGGGCGGAGCACGUCUUUUUGGAGCUGCGGUGCUUGUAGCAUCAGUGUUUACCUUGAUGACUCCUUUUGCGACCAGAUGGAGCCCGGUUGCUUUGAUAUUACUAAGGAUAUUAGAAGGACUAGUGCUUGUAAGUGUACUCUAUACUGAGAAGAAACGAUGUGACAGCAACAAGACAUCUUAUAUUUACCGUUUAGAGAGAGAGAGAAAAAAGUUUCAUUAAAGGCUACUACCUUUUGCGGCCGACUUUACGCUAACGCUUUGCAGAAAAACUGUUCCAGUUUUAACCAAGAAAAUACCUUAGGGUCUGGUGAAAUUAACAAGAGUUUAAAAUAAAACGAUGCUGACUCUAUCUUGUCAUCUCCACCGAUACUCAAGAAAUGCCAUGUUUGCUAUCAUAUAAAUCUUUAUUUAAUGGAAUAAACAGCAGUGGUAGUUGCUUUUAAUGUAGUAUUUCAAUUAUAACUCUUUUUUUUUCAGCGUGCUUAUUCAAACCUGAAUGUAAACAAAUUAACAAAUUUUAACGAACUAUGCUAGCCCUCCCUCCACUUAUACUUGCGCGGCAAGAAACACCAUAUUUGUGGUCAUGUGAUACAUCCCUAUUUAAUGGAAAUUUACAGCAGGGGUAGUAGCUUUUAUAGAGCAUUUUUAUUAUUACUCACUUCUUUCAGUGCGCGUAUUCACACCUGAAUGUAAGCAAAUUUCUGCCUUGUGAUAUAAUAUGGACGUUGGUACUAAGUGACAGCUCCUAGAAUACACAGUGAGCCGAACAACUAAGCGAUCCAGUGUGCAUCGCAACUUAAAGGCUCUUUCAUACAAUUUUACUUUCACUUUAAAAUAUCCGCGAAAGCAAUGGUGGGAGUGUCCAUACAAAGAAAUGGGCAGAACCGGACUGUUGACUAAGGGCGCUCUCCAUUUGUCAGAACUGACCAGCCAGACCAUUCCCGUCGCAAAAAGAAUUUCCUUUUUAAUCAAAACCCUCCAGCCAGAUCAAUCAAAUCCUAUAUAGUAUGCACCAAAGAGCUGGUUUUUCAGCAAAACUCUUGGAGAACGCCUAUUUCAUUUUCAAACUGACUGGUCAGGCAAUGCUCCGGUCGGCCAGUUCUGACAAACGGAAAGCGCCCUAACAAAAACGUUCAGGUUCAGUUAGUACUUUCUAAUGUUACUGUACUAUUAGAGUAAUGAACUGUUCGGUCUCCUCAUUGAAUUACUUCCUUUCUAUCACAGUAAGACGUGUUGCAUAUAUAUUUCUUAGGGUGUCUUAUUCCCAUGUAACCACGCCAUCUGGAGUCGCUGGGCGCCUUCUGCUGAGAGGACAACAUUAGUAACUGUGUCCAUUACAGGUGUGUGUUUUGCUCAAUGAUCACUCGUCAUAACAGCCACUAUUAAAGAAGCUGGGUCAAAAAUUUAAGCCAAAGUUAGUUGGUGAGAAGUGACCACCAAAUUGAGCAAAACAACCAGGAAAUAACCGUAGAACAACGAAAACAGAUUAAUUAAAUAACACAAUCAUUCAGUUCAGCUAAUGGAAAAGAAGGAAGAAAAGAAAGUUAAAAGAAGAUUAAAGCGGAUUACAACUGUUUGUUCUCAUAUAACGAGCCAGCAACAGUUUGGGCUAGUAACAAAUCUUGACUGGCUAAAAACAGGGGAGAAAAAAAGUAAAAAAAAUAUAAAUAAAUAAAUAAAAAAAUGAUGAAAAAAUCUAUUUCAAUAGCUUGCUGGAAAGUAUUCGUUUAAGUUUCAAGACAUUUAAAAUCUGUCUGUUUUUUGCAUUUCUGUUAGGAGCUAGCACUGGAUAUUUACUCACCAUGCCUAUUUCCGGUCUAUUGACCAAAUAUGGUUUUGACGGAGGCUGGGCCUCUGUUUUUUACUGCUUUGGUAAGCAUUGAUUAUUCUCACAGCCACACCAGGCUCCUUGGAGGGCUGCAGUUUAAUUAAUCCUAAAUUAAUCGAUUUAGGGGAAAACAAGACAUAAUAAUCUCUUAAGGGUAUUUCAGAACUCUCACUUGUGACAAGACAACAACAUCGAUAAACUAUAUCCAGUUAAUUUUGGUAUUCGGUUCUUUUUUGAAAUUUUGAAAUUGUAAGGUUAAAGUUGUCAAAAGAAACAGUCUGUUUUUCAGCUCUAGAAACUAGCUUACACAGCGUUAUUUGUUAUUCAUAAAACAUGUGGUAUAAAUAUCGUUCUGAUCAAGCAUAUUAAGGUCAUUAUGGCUAGAUAUUCAGAUAUUGGCCAAGUUGUUGCUGGUUUUUUUUGCAUUGCUAUUUCUAGCCAUCUUGACGCGAAAAGUUUGGUCAAAAAAGGAUUUCCUAUGUGAUCAAAGAAAACAUUUUCCUCGUAAAAUAUCUUAUUUAAUCUUGUUCUUGGAACUAGCCAUAUCAAAGAAUAAUGACCAUUAUUAAUAAUAGUUUGUAUAACAUUGUGGUUAGCACUCAAUUUGACUAAAUUUGCGUGACACUGCCCCGUUUAAUUGAUUGAAUAUUUCUUCCUUUACCAGGAGUGUUUGGUAUUGUGUGGUACACUGCCUGGAUAGUAGUAGUGUAUGAUUCACCCUCGGUGCAUCCCACAAUAUCCGAUGAAGAGAAAACAUUAAUACAAGCCACUACUCUGGAUCUUUCCAAGGUAACGAAAGUAAUAUUAACAAAACUCUGAGUAACCUGUAAAGAGGACGAGAGAUGCUGAAAAACGUUCUAAGCCAAAGAGGUUAGAGUAGACUGCGUGGCGGGUGUGUUAGUUAAUUUGUUUAGUAUUUAAAGAGCGCCUGAGGGAAACACGCGAAGACGGAAAGAGGCGGCUCUCCUUUCUCCCCUCAUGCGCGUUAGUCUUCGAAAUUUCUUCCUUCGCUUUAAAGAACCGGCACCUGCUACGCGCAAUAAAGUUGAAAGUCACAAAUCAAACAAUCGACAGCUAGAUACUGCACGUUGCACCACGUUACAGAGUUAGAUUUUUCUUGAUUUUAUAGAAACUAUGGAGAAUUAAGAGAAAGUAAGCUCGAGAACUACAUUUGUAUAGCUGCCGGCCGGUGAGCACAGUUGGUCGAGCUCCCUGUCGAUAAUCUCGUACCCAGAUGUCUUGUCGACGAAGCCAAAGGCGAGAUCUGGUCACAUCGCAUUUGUAACGGUGAUCGUCAGGAAUGUGACAGGCGAUGAAAGAGAGAAUGCUUGAAAUAUAUCCUCAAACUGGCGGCCGUGUUUCGACGUGUUUUAAAAGCAACGAAUUUGAUAGAGCCGUGAAGUUUUCUCUAACAAAACGUAGUUAUACGUACUGAUCAAGCAUGAACCAACUAAUUUGUUGUUGUUGUUGUUCAGUGAAACAUUAAAUGUAACGCGGCAAUUAGUUUAAAAUAAAUUAUCAUGGCGCGCGCAAAAAGCUUAAAGCAGUUCGCGUCAACUUCUACAAGAGAUUUUUUUUACCCUUUUCAAAAUUAUCUUAAAACCGAGGGAAAGUUUUAAAAAGUCUUCAAAGAUAAGAUUAAAACGGUUUUACAAGGCGGAAAAUUACUUCCUCAGCGAAUUUAUUUGAACAGGAGGGCUGAAGACUAUGCAAAAGGCCCGCGUCAAAGCGCGCACAGAAGUCAACCCUCACGUCAUUCGCUCACAGUCUAGCCGAUCAAAAUAAUUUUCCUUACUUGACCAGAUUUCUCCUUUGGCUUGUCAACAGAGAUUUGGGUACGAGAUUACCCUGUCGAGCGUAAGGGGACUUCAGAGAACCCACACUGCUAGUCAAAAAGUAGGGGACGCAGAUCCUGGUGAUAUGGGCGAUCUCCUAUAUGCUCUAUUUUUCUCAUGGGUGUAGGGAACGGACUGUCAACACCGGUCGGCAGUAAUUGGCUUCAUGUUGUUGCGAUGACCCUAAAUACUAAACAACAACAACAACAACAACAACAACAAAACAAAACAAAAAGACAGUGCGGCUAUGGAAGUCCUGGGGUGGGAACGAUGCCACAGUUUGCACAUAAAAGUGAAAUGCAGUGCUCUAAAAAAUAUACGUUUACCUAAAACGAGUUUCAAAACGUAUCGUUUUGCUGCAUAGUCAAUAAAAUAUUGGGGUAUUUAAAAUACUGGAUAAGAGAUUGUGGAUGAAGUCUUAGAGCACGUUUUCUUGGUUUACCCGUAUUUCAGGUUGAUACGCUUCUUAUUCCUUGGAAAUCAAUUCUUACGUCACCACCAGUAUGGGGAAUAGUAGCCGCUAACUUUGCACUGGACUGGGCAUUUUAUAUUUUACUUAUAUCGAUGCCAAUUUUUCUAUUAGACGUCAUGAAAACAUCCAUCACUAAGGUAAAUAUGUUAAGUCAUAUAGCUGGCUAUGUCUAUAAUUCCAUUUCAUAUACAUGUAUAACAGAGGGUGUUAUAGCCUGAGAAAAACAGCCGACAUUUUGCGACUCCACCAGCGGUUUCCCCGCGAAAAGAGAACAGAGGAACGGGCGCAAAAAUUCCAUACUGAUGACGAGUCACUACCCUGAUCUGGGUGGUGCCUCUGAUUGGUCGAAGCAAAUUUCCCUUGCAACACGUUCAAUCGUAAACAUUACUCGGAUAUGCGUGUCACAGUCAACUAUCUCUUAGACAGACAGCAUUGGGACAGCUACUUUAAAUAUCCGUCUUAGAGAGAUACCCACUGAAACUAUAAUAUACAAAGAACAGAGUAGUAGAAAAACGAACGGCGACGCUACACGAAAGACUCGAAGCUCACAUCUUUUAGGGAAUCACAAGGCUUCAAUCGGACUCAACGAUUGAAAUACACUUUACAGUACGACUUCUCUGAUUGAUACACAUUUAAUGUAAGACGUACUGAUACGAUACGUCUCAUCCGUCUUAUCAGAAAGACUAACAAAGAAAGGGUCUAAAGAUCGGGCAAUCCUGCACCUCUUAUUUCACUGGUCCCCUUUAAUCUGCACUUCCAUUGUUUUCAGGGAUAGGGGCAUUGUUAUGUGACAAUCCCUAUUGUUUUCCCAGCUAAUCAAAAACAGUCUUUCAAAUAGGUGCAGGUCUACUGUAAAGAUCAACAGACUAAUUUAGGCGUCAGUUUCAAGAAGGUAUCGGUCCGAAAGAAGAAUCUGUUUAAAGACGAGUUGCCGACUGAAUAUAUGCUGUGCUUUUAUCCUUGCUUCAAAUUUACUUUUCCCCUUGUUGUUAGGUGUGGAAGUGUAUGAAAGUGAGUUUCAAGAGAGGAUAAAAAUACACUUUUCAGCCAAAGAUAAAAUUGAACCACAUUGCAUAUAAACACAGAAUCUAAAGGCCGACCGUGUGAUUGAGUAGUUGUAUAUUGGCUUCUUAAUUGGCUUUAUAAAGAAUAAAGCUUGAAAAAUAGGUUGAACUAGAGUUUUUAAUCGUAGCCUGUACAAGAACGAAUUUCAACUGACUAAGUUGCAACGGCUCUACUUUAUUAUAUUGAUUUUAAAUCAAUUUAAGUAUCCAGUGAAAAUAUUUGCUAGUUAUCUAUGGAAUAUUGACCCUAACAGAGCUUGAGCUAUCACGGGUAAAAAUAAAGUAAACUGACGUUUUGUUUUCUUACGUACUUUUGCUUUUGCCUUUGACGAAACUGAUAGAUGCAAAAGAGAAUUAAACAACGUUAUUCCAUCAUGGUUUAGAUAUUUUGACACACAUUGAACUACCUUUUAAAGGUUUCUACGAAAAUCGUUUUACUGCUUUUACAUAUUUUGCCAGGGGUAAUGUUUGAUUUCUGAUAAAACAAUGCAUUUUUCUCUGAUUUAGAUGGGUUUCUUAGCUGCGGCGCCUUUUCUUGUUAAAGGUGUGUGUUCUCCCAUGUCAGGAUUAGCAGCAGAUAUUCUGAGGAAGAGCACAGUAUCAACAACAGCUGUUAGGAAAAUAUUUUAUGCAGCUGGUACGUAACUUAGAACUUGAGAGGGAUGUUAAAUUUAUACAAAUGGUUUUAUACGCUAUGUAUGAGUUAUUUAGCAGGCGUGAGGUCAAGGAUGUCUGGAUAUUGACCAAGAACCGUCAGCCCCAAAAGUGGUCCUGGUUGCUUACGACAGGUUUUAGGGCUAUGACUGGACAAGUUUUGAUGUUUAGGUGGUCGCUUAUUGGAGGUAGUCUGGUGCAACGUCGGGCGCACAUCGAGGUUGGACUGUAAGACAAUCCAACUUGCCACGGUAUCGAAAGCGUUGUAGAAAUUAAACUCAUUUUAUUCUUUGUAAUAUAAGGAAUUCUAGCUUUGCAUUCGGCUUUCGUAUGAUCUCGGAUAACGGUAUCCACCUCGGCCGUCCUCGAUCCGCAUAAAUCUUCACAUCAUACUCAGUCUCAUUCAAUAUAUAGUGGAAUUCAUGUAGUAUUUAAAAUAUCAACCAGAUUUUCUGGUUGUUUCAUUACAGGUGCGAUAGCAAGUGGAUUUUUAGUCCUGAUAGCUGGCUAUUCUUUAAACGUCACAGUUGUGGUCGUCUGUAUGAGCCUUGCUGGUAUGACGACGUCACUAGCAUUCCCAGCAUACACUGUGAACAUGCUGGACAUUGCUCCGCGAUACGCCAGUAUCAUAAUGGGUAUCUGCAACACAAUCGGCACCACUGCUGGCUUCGUUAGUCCAACUGUUGUAGGUUUUAUCACGCAACAUCAGGUUGGUAUUUCUCAAUCUCCUUACAGGGUUCUUUCCUACUCGUUCUUAGGGAGCCCCCUGGAAAACUUUAGUCACGAGGGGAGGGUGGAAGGCCGGGGCAGAUUGUUUAUUCCUCGAAGUACCCAGUAGGCCAUGUAACAACAAUUUUGUCGCCGAUUGAGGGUAAAAUAUUAACUAUUUACGUAGUUUGUUUAAUUUCAUGUCAUCGGAAGUAAAAAAAUGAUGCUAAAUAGAAAAACAAUUUAUAUUAAUAGAUGGGACCAAAGUGUGCCAAGGAGCACAGAAUUUGGCAGGUUUCUGGCAUAAGUCUUGUGAUUCCAGAUCAGACAUGUCCUUGCAUCUCUUGCAGUCCUACAUCUGACUCAGCAUUUGAGUCGAUGUAUGAGUCUUCGAUUUAACUUGAGAUCAGGCCCAAGUUUAGCAGGUCUCACAUAUUCUUUCUUACCCGCGAGAAUGUUAUAAAAAUAACAAAAUCUAAACCUAACCAAAACAAUAAUUGAACCUGCCGACACAUCCACUUUACCUAUUUCGUAUCAAAGUUACUUUAGAAACUGACCCUUUAUUAAUCAAACUUUUUUAUUUUAGACUAACGUUUUACUUAGUAAGCCUUUUGCCUUCUCUUACAGUCUGCAAAAGAAUGGCAAGGGGUGUUCUGGAUAACAUUUGCUAUUCUACUAGCGGGAACUGUACUUUUUUGCCUGUUUAUGUCUGGAGAACGUCAAGAGUGGGAUAAAACUGAAAUGCAAAAAGCUGCAGAUGAUACGGUGGAAUUACAAGCUGAAACUCCGGGGAGUUGAGGAAUCUUCACUGCGCACACUUAGGCCUGAUAUCCUCUUUUGUCUAUACAAUUUGUCUAUACGCAGAAAUUGCGCCCAAAAUCACAGUUCGUCUGGUUUUCGUACCGGUGCAAGAACUCUCCGUCAUAGUGUGAACAUGACCUAAGAUGAUCUAAGAUGAUAUCUCAAUGUACAGUUUUGAUUAACAGUUUUCUGACAGUUUUACAAAUUUUCACCAAGAAAAUCGGCAAUGGAUGGCCUAUGAGACACUACAAUUGUAGUUGACCUACAAAUAAUUCCGAUUUAAUAGGCAGAUUAAUUGGUACGAAUAACCUAAAAAUUUUUUAUAAGUCUGCUUUGAAAACGUUUUGCCUACGAUAUUCUUUUUUAUUGUCUUCUCCUAAUUGGUUUUGACCGUUUUGAGUGUUGAGACAUACGUUACGUGAUUAAAUGCCUAAACCGCCUUUUGAGCGAAAGGGAGUGACUUAUAGAUCCAGGAGCCUCCUGCUAGAUCAUUAUAAUUUAUUCUCUGUGCCUUGUAAGUUUAUUGAGUGGAUUCAUUUGUACUAUAGUUAAUAGAGUGGAAUAGCGUAAAAUUCCGAAAAUAAGCCCCGGGGCUUAUAGUUUUCAAGGGCCUUUUUUGAGGGGCUUAUUUUUGGAGGGGCUCAUAUUCGGAGCGGCUUAUCUACGGAGGAAAAUUUGCGUUUCAAAAUCGAUUGUGCUAGCCUUAUAGUUGGAAGUAAAUUUACCGUUUUUGCUUUGUUUCACUUUGUAUUUGGGGGCAAUUUUUCAAGUACAAGCCACCGGAGGGCUUAUAUUUGGAGGGGCGAUUUAACGGAGGGUUUUUUGCGUUACCGGUUUGGGGGGUUUAUAUUUGGACGGGCUUAUACAUGGAGGGGCUUAUUUUCAGAAUUUUACGGUAUAUGGUUAUGAAGCCCGUCAGAUUUCUUUGUUAUGUGACUCAUUACGUUUUGUUUUUAUAGAUUUUUCGGAAUUAACUGUGCACAACCUUCAGUUACUAACCAAUGAAAAUGUCGCAAUAAAUUUAUUCUGUCACAAUUUUUGAAAUUAAAACAAAGGAUUGUGCACAGCAGGAGCGCUCCUGAAGAAAACCUAAAAACUUCACACAAAGGAAUUUUUGACCGGCUGAAGAAUUUGACAAUACACUUCCUUUACACGAAAAACAAAAUUUUCUCUCUGUACACAAGAAACGCUUUUCAUAACCGGCGAGCAAGCUCCCCUAUUUAGUUUUGUGCGAGAGAACGCGCGAGCGAGCGGCGAAGCCGCGAGGGGCCGAGGGAAGAAGAGCUUGAAAUGAUCUCUCAUAAAUUCUCAUUUGUACUUCGCCCAGACGGAGGAAACUACUAUUGGCUGAAUAAAUCAAAGUCAAAGUCAAAUCAAAGUUGAUUGAUAACAGGCCUAGGUGGCCUGCCCUAAAUUUUCGCGGCAAAUGUAGAAAUACGAUGCUCUUAUCGCCAACACACGUGUUAUGUUGGCGAUCUCUGAACUCAGUGAACUCACUCCGUAAAAGAAGGCCGGCAGAGGAAGAAAAUCUCUCUCUCACUCUCUCUCUCUCUCUCCUUAAUUCUUUGAGAGAUAACUGUCGUCUCUGUGUCAAAUUUGGUUCUCAGGGGGAUCAUAUUGGAACCGAGAACUUGUUUCAGCCAAGCGCUCGUGUGAUGUAAGCUUAGAAUAUUGCGAGCAGGGGAUAAGUCGGGCUGAGUUUGUAAUUCUUCUGAAAGGAAAAUGUCCAUCAGUUGUAUUGAUUUCGUUUGAGUCAAGCGCCUUGUUUAGCUCUGAAAAUGAGAAGAGUGAAAGUGAAGAGAAAGUCAAGCACCCGAUUCAAGCGCUGCCUUCCAGCGUCACUUCGACCGAUUGAAUUCCACUGGGUAGAAAAAUUCAGUAACAUGUACAUUACAGCGUAGCUGACGAAGAAUUAGCAGUUGACCGUCAAGAAGGACAAUAAAACGAGUAGGAAGCAACUGUAGUAAAACGAAAGAGAACCAAGUCCAGGAAAAAGCUGUUCUCCAGUUGGUUAUUGCGACAGGGAGCUUACUAGUCUUCUGAAUGUAGACGACCUUUCAUAUGUAAACGAAACGAGAAUCAAAAUAUUGAGCUCUUAUCCGAUCGGACAUGUUGACGUUCGUUUUUCAGUGGAUAAAAACAAAAAUCAGUCAGUGGUAAAAAACGUUGUUUUGAUGCGGCUCAUGUUUGCGUAACAGUUUUCACGCUUUGCGGUGUCCCGCGGUUUUUCGGGGUGUAAAUGAAAAUUUAUGAAAGAUCGUUGCAAGCUCCCCUUUCUCCCCCCCACCCCCCGCUUUCGCGUCUCCUCUCGAGUAUCAAAUUUUCACGAUAUCCCCAAAUGGAGAGGUUUCUCGCAGGCUAACACGGAACUGACAAACCAGAUGGAAUUGUAGCUGUUUUCCGAAGUUUCACUAUUUGCCCAUGCGCAGCCUGCUACUUAAGCAAAUCCUGAAAACGUCGUCUAGCUGAUUUACCUCGCAUCCAUGCAACCACGCCUUUGCCGUACAAAAUGUUAGACGGUUCACACCUUGUCGGCCAAAUUUUCCGUACCCAAAUUUAGACGGUUAUGGUGUUCACAUAGAGUCGGUCAAAUCCUCGACCGAACCGGUUAAAAAUUUGACUUCGCGAUCGAUUUUAGUGUUCGAUUUUGAACGGCUAGGCGUUCAAAUUUUCGUACUGCUAGCUUUGUUCCGUGUGAACAGAACACCUGAAUGUACGCGGAAUUUUCGACCGCUCGAAAUUUCGUCCGGUUCUGUGUGACCAAAGCCUAGACGUGUGAAUUUUUCUUACGGCUGGCUUGGUUCCGUGUUUGCUGUUAAAUUAGCCAAUUCUUCAAUGUUUACUGUUUCCGGAGAAAUACUGUUUUGUUUUUUGAGGGUUUUUGUUAAAAAAUAGUAUCUGGACACUAUAAAAAUACUUAAUAUCUUUUACAUGCGAAAUUAACGACGAAAAUAUGGUCGAAAAUGCUCGGAUUUCUCGUUGGAAAUCUUUGGCAGUCUUCGGACAUGUUCGGAAAUCUUCGCCAGCUUUUGAGAAUCUUCGGUAGUCUUCGACAAUCUUCUGAAAGAAUCGGAAAACGUUCCAGAAUAGCCAAAAACUCUUUGAUAUACUAAACAAAAUAAUACUGGCCCCUUUGGAGCUGUCUUUGUUUCUUUUUGGAAAGAAUUUACUGUCAUGGUGAGUUUUUCAAUUAAAAUUGUUAAAAUGCCUAUACCUUAACUGUUUCAUGUUACAGAGCCAGAAAAUUAAGUGUUUAGUGCUGUCGAGGUACCCCCAUUCAGAUCCUCUUCCACUGGUCGACAAUUUCGUCCGCUGGCGUGUUAAAGUAGCCUGAACCUUGGACCUAUCAGUAACUUCAUUCAAUACCCAUUCUCUGUUUUGUUCCCAUUUUUUAUUUUUAUGUUCCCUGUGCUCGUUUUAGCUAUCAUGGCUUAACCUUUACGGGUUUUUGUAAACAAAUAGCUUGAUUAUAGACCACAUUACUUGUAUGUUCUGUUUAAGCCAUGUUUCUCAUGUGAUGUUUCCAAGGAGAUUUGCCCUUUUUAAAAAUUAUGCGACUUACACACUUGUAUAAUUCGAAAUUUCAAAGAAAUAGUUAUUUAGAAUAAUCUCUUGACCCAGAUUGAGGAAACAAAAAGUAAAAUUUAAAGAGGAGUUCUAUGUAAGCAAAACUACAAUAGGUAAGGUUUUUUACAUUUUACCAUAAAUUCUUCUUGAGAUGAUCAAAGAAACACUUUUAGGCAGGAUAUUGGCUGAUGCUUAGCCUGAAUUCUGUUAAUAUUCUACACUAUCAGGACUAUCACUUUUCUUUAAACAUUAAAAAAAAAAAAUACCCCGAAAACUAGCCGGGACCCGGGCUGGAAGACUUGGGAAUCUGACAUUUUCCGUCUGCCGUAAAGGCGGUGGUAAAUCCCUCAAAUAAUAAUUUUUCAGGAAUCCCUAAGUGUUUCAGAUGACUGUCAACUUAAUGUUUAAUUCAUCGUAAAAAAAUAAACACAGGUAGAUAACAAAAGAAAGUAUUAUCAUUAUUGAGUUAUCGGGUUAUCCCUUUGGUUGUAUUUGUAGCAUCACUUUAUGAUCAAAAAAGGGUCGUUGCUUUAUAAAGCAAACAUAAGGACCGCGAAUGAAACGAAGGGUGUGGAACUUUUAGGAGCUGAAGAAUUGUAAUCUUUAAAGUCCAUGCCAAAGUACCUGUUAUAAAAUUUAAUUUAGAUUUAAGGACAGGUAAAACAAUGAAGGGACGAAAACAAGUUUGCACUCUUUAACCAACGUAUCUUGUUUCAGCCGUGUCGAAACCUGUUAGAUUACUGAAAAAUGAGUUUAAACGGGGUGCCGAAGAGAUAUGUUCUGUCAAUCCUAAUCUUCUGGGGAUUUUUUACCAUGUACGCACUGCGGACCAAUAUUAAUGUGGCCAUAGGCGCGAUGGUCAAAAAUCACACAGUGUUCAAGGAUGGAAAGGAAAUCGAGACGGUAGGAAAAUUAAAUAAAUGGUCAACAGCUUUUAGAAUAUUCACCGCUGCUGAGUUUGUUGGGCAGUGUUGAACAAGCUACUCAAACGAAUUCAAUUCCUUGCUCCCCACACUCGUCAACAGGUGAAGCGUUGAAUGUUCUAGCUUGGUCACACAUUGUCAAGGUCAAAACCCGUCAAUAUCAAGGCGAGGUAUUAAAUUCGCUUGUCAAUAGAAGCAGGUUGCUUUGUUUUUGGUAUAUAUUCAAGGUAAAAUAUAGAGAAAUAUAGAUCACUUUCUCUUUUAAGCGAUAUUCAGCGACAUCAUUUCUACUUAUUUUAAAACAAAGACACGAAGCACAUAAAGCGCUCUCCAGCUGAGUAUGAGAGUACCGGUGUGGUACAAUAUUGUGAGCAAAUAUUUUCUUGCAUCUCUUAUCUAGAGUCCCGUACAUAUCCUUUACGUUUACGACCAUUUUUAGAUGACGCAAUAUUGUACAUAGCACAACUCCUAUACUGGGCUCCCUGUUAUCCAACGAGUGAAAUUUUGCGUGAGUCUGGAACUGGCUGAGGGUGGGUGUGUCACGCAUGCGUAGUACGUGCCACGGGAAAGCUAAUAGAUUUGAAUCAGUGAUCAUUUAGCCUCCAACGUAGACGUUCUUAGGACUUGCUGGACGAGCCAAAAAACGCCCGGUUCCUAAAAGGCCGAUUAGCGCUAAUCCAGGAUUACAAUUUUUUUCCCAUUUUUGUAGUUACCUUCCUUUGUGUUGCUUAGAGUACCAUUUUGUGUUGUCAUUACUGUAUCUUGGAGUAAAAGCUCAGCAGUAUCUUUUAGCUCGAAUUACAUGUUCUUAGACAAGAAAAUCUUGCUUAAAAAUGUGGCUUAAUCCUCGGUUAAACUUAACCAUCUUUCGAGGAACUGGGCCUAGGACGUUAGCUCCUGAUACAACAGUGAUUCACUCCACCAGGAACUCCUGGCAGGUUAUGGGUUCCUCACUCCAAUUACUCAUCAAUCCCGAAAAAGCAGCAAAAUUGUUGUUAGAAGAUGAAGAGGCAGAAAAAAGUAGCUUCCAACAUUUUUCAGCAGUUUUUCUUUCUUUUAAACAUUGCUCCGAUUCCUUUUCAGUUGGCGAAAUAAUGAAGGAAAAAAUGCCAAAUUUUUGGUGAAUAAAUUUUGCACCAUUUACUUGUUUACAUUACAGGUUACAAAAGCAUCCUUUUAACCUGCUUAAAAAACCGUCUUUUUCGCUUUAAGUGUUUAUAACCGAAGAGUGCCGUGGACAUCAACUUCUCCUCUAAUUGUAAUCAGCAUGUUAGGUUUCAGCUUUUCACGAAAUAUAUAAAAUGACGGGUGAGUGUUCAAAGCUAAGUAAACGCGAAGGCAGAGUGUCUGUGAAUCUUGUCACACAAUUUGAGAUAACUGGCAAGAAGCUGUAUUUUGCCAAUAGUUGCCGAAACUAACUGAAUAAGUUCGACUUUGGAGCGACACUGGCGCGACAUCUGAUUCAGACGGCGUACCGUGUGUCGAACCUAAGUUAAGUUCGACAAAAGUUCGACAGACUCUGUCGAACUUAACGCUUUUGCCGCACCAAAUUAAAACUGCCGUACCAAACUGAUUCAGACGCUGCUCUUUUGCCGUACUUAAGGUUCGGGACAUGAGUGGAGCGGCGUCUGAACCGGGCCUAAGUAUGAACAAAACGAGCGUUACCGGGCUUUCAAUUAUAAACUCUUAAAGCUAAAAUUAAGAGCGUGUAAACGUGUAUUUGUUAUGUUUUUACCCGUUUUACUUGUUAACCUUUGAUUGGGAGCGCAUGUCAUUGUUUUAGAACAUAAACUAGAAAAUAGUGGUAUUAUUAAUCCACCCAAGCAGUCAGGAGAAAUACUAGAAAUAGUUUAUUGCGCGACCUUCGAGUUUAUAAGAGGUUUAACUGGAGCGGUUUUACUGUUCCCAGCAUAGCGUAGAAUUAAAAGUGAAGGACGAUAAUUAUGAAAACAAAUUGUUUGGUUUUGAACUUUACAGGCAGCAGAAUUUAAAUGGAGCUCAAGAUUACAGGGUAAGUUUCUGUACACUGAUCAUACCAAUAAUUUUAAUUACAUCACAGUUGUUAUAUUUACAGGCCCAACUCAAAAUCCCUAACAGCGAAUAGACUUUCCUUGCCCUGUAGUAAGGACUCACUCCUGGAUAUCAAUUGCAAAAGAAAGCCGCUCACCCCACAUAUCAAAGCAGCAAUGUUGCGAGCCAUUACAUGCGUUUACUUGGGUUGAGAAAAUACUAAUAUAUAGAUUCAGCCCUGGUUAAUGAAGAGCGAAGCGUCCAUUUAUAUAAUUUUAAUUACUGAAAACCAAAACAUUAGAACGAAUAAGCUGUCAUGAACUCACUGGGUAGCAAAAGUUGUUUUUCUCGUUCCUUCUAAUUUUCGGCGGCCGUUACAAUCGCUACUUUCGAGACCUACAGCUAAAAAUUUACAGGCUACCUAAUUUUAAUAUGCUCUUUCAGCUCGUGCAAACAAACGUUUUCAAAAGCGAACUGUUUUCCUGUUUACUAAAAGUUGAUCACGUGAUUAACAAAUGCAAAAGGCCUAUUCAAUGGUUUCAAUUGUAUGCAAUAAAAUAGAAACAUUGCAGCAGCUACAACCCAAUUUGAAAAGGAGUGGGUCGAAAGCGGGCGCUGCCAGCACCGUGGGAGCCUCGCGAAAAGGUCAAGGUCAGCAAGAUGUCUUCACUGCCCAAUUUAUUUUCCGAAUGCUGAAAUAAAGAGAGUGGUAAUUGAUUCUGAUGUCUGUCUUGCUGACUUUUCUUUGACUUCGACCGACCAGAAACUGAAAUAUAUCGCACAUAUAUAUGUCAAUCCCACUUCUGCUUAUUGAAAAGACAAUUUUCUUAAUGAAAUCUCUGUUAGAACUAAGAUUCUUUCACAGAAUUAAUUAAUAAAUAACAUACACGGCGUAGUACCCGGGUCGAGGGAAAAUUAUACAACUCACUCCCAACUUCCUGUCUCGCUUAACAAUCGCAUAAAUGCUUAUGCACUUUCCUAGUUCCCAAGUGAUCACACUUUCCCAAAUUGAGUUAUUAUGAACGUAGUUUGUGUUUGUGGCUGAUCAAACUUCUAAUCAUUGUUUUCAUUCUAAGUCGUAAUUUUCAUAGUGGAAAAAUGAAAGGUUUAAUGAAAUAGUUAUUGUUCUUCCAGGUGUGGUUCUUGGUUCGUUUUACUAUGGUUACGUAGCACUUCAGAUCCCUGGUGGAUGGCUUGCUGUUAAACUGGGGGGUACUCGUCUAUUUGGUCUUGCAGUUUUAAUAGCUUCAGUUCUUACAACACUAACUCCUUUAGCCGCUAGGAUCAGCGUUCUACUGCUGAUAGCUGUCAGAGUUGGCGAGGGACUGGUACUAGUAAGUAUCAAGAUGCUGUCAUCUUUAACUUUUUUUGCAAAAAAAUUCGGAUUAAUUGUUUUGGAAGGGCUGUCCGCACAGCUACGUCCGUGUUACCCUCUUCGCUGAUACGGAAGUAGUAUAGUACGAAUGUUUUUAGACCACUUUUGCGCUGGUCUCCAAAACCCAACAUUGAAGUCCAACCUACCAGCUCAGCCUUGGAGAAAAGUCCCCUACCAACUCCACGGCUUCUCCUAGAAAAUUGGCUUAUGCCUAUGCCACUUAAAACACCACUGACUGAACCUCUUAUAACCAGAACUAGUUUCUCACUAAAACUAUGUUUAAUUCCUUACUCAUUCUACAUAAUGUGAUCACAGGGAGUGUUGUUUCCUUGUAACCACGCCAUAUGGAGCAAGUGGGCACCCAGUAUGGAGAGAACCACUUUAGUUACAAUUGCAGUCACAGGUAAAACACCCCGUAAACCUCUCUUAAAUUCAACCAUUCCCCUUAAUGGCCAAUUUCGGUUGUAGUUCUUUUGAUAAUCAAGUUUUGUUCAUACGCCACUUGCAAAUCUUCCAUAAUACACCUCAUUUGCCCCCCAAAGUUUUGCAUAAGCAUUUUUUUCAAUUUCACUUCGGACGGCUGUAAUACCCAGGAGAAAUGAAAAACAAAGGCUAUGCAAAAUUUUAGGUGGCAAAUAAGGUGGAUUAUGGGAGAUGUGCAAGUGGUGUAUUAAUUAGUAUUUCCUUCGUCAUGUAAAGCGAGAGAAAAACGUGUAACAAACUUCUGUUCCUCAGCUUCUCAAAAUAAAGUUUUGAUGUUUUGACAUAAGAAGUAUUUUGGCACCUUAGCCAUUCAUUCAAAAGUGAUAAUCGAACCUUGUCUUUUUUAUUACUCCGGCCCUAGCAUAGUUUCUUUACGUCGAUUUAGCCCUUACGGACGGCCGGGUUUUUCAUUUGUACUAAGUAAUGUACACCUUUAUUCGUAAAAAAAUUCGACCUUAAGUGAGAGGGAAAACGAAAUAUUUAUAACCUAACACGUAUAGUAAUUUUUAAACUUGAAAUUGAGAGAAUGAAUAAUCUGUUCUUUUAAGAAGAUGCCUGUUGGGACCGGAUGAGCGCCUCUUGUAGUAAGUUACUAAAGCGAAAACCGAAAUAAAUUCAAAAUGUUUGCUUUUUGCUUUUAGGUUGCACUGUGGGUAGUAUAGUAUCAAUGCCAGUCUCUGGUUUAUUAACAAGAAUCAAUUUAGAUGGCGGAUGGCCAGCAGCGUUCUACACAUAUGGUGAGCAAUAGUGUUGUUUGGUCAGGAAUAAGCCAUGAUUUUCACAUUGUCAUAAUACACACUGGUUUCCCCACCAAAUUUUGAUAACAGCAGCAUCCAACUUAUCCUGGGUACUGAAAACAAUGCUUAUGCAAAACAUUUGGAUGGAAAUAAGACGUGUUGUGGGCUAUGUUAAAGUCGCUCACAGAUUUUUCUAUUAGGCCCUUUGGAUGAUUAAUACUAGCUACAAGGAAGCCGUGUUUACUAGCCUUAGGGUGAUACAAUGGCCCGCUUUUCCUUAUAGCAGUUAUAGCAUGUAAAACAACCUCUUUACUAUAAACUUAAUCCCAAUGUUAC